AUGUCGCGUGCGGGGCACGCGUCUCAAACAAAGGUAGAUGCAAGAUAUGGCUUCAUCAAGAUAGCCCACAAACUUCUCGCGCGUAAGGUCUUCUCGAAGAAAGAUUUCGGUUGGUUCAAAGUUGUUUGUGGUGAAAUGGAAAAAUUACGGUUCGAGGUUGAGAGAAAUUUUCGAGUUAAAUUUUUGACGGUUGAUAAACGGAUAGUUUUUACUAAUUAUAGAAGGAAAGUUGAUGUUAUUCAGCUAGAAGAAUAUUAAAUUUACCCGCCCACAUAAAAAAAUAAACCAGAAUUAGCUAGUGAUCAUUUUUUUCAAAAAAAUAUAGCGGUUUUUAGAAAGCAUUCAAAUGAAGUAAUAUUUUUUUAUUAUUAAUAUUUUUUUAUGAAACAAAUUUCAUAAAUUUCAUACGUCAAACUUGAACCUAACCAAAGUCAGUCAGAACAGCAAAAAAACCUUCUUCAUCAGAUUUUUACGAUGAUUUAUUUUUAUUCACAAGAGAAUAUCCUCUUUGAAAAAAAUGGAAAAAAAUAGCAGAUGACAAAAAAAUGAGGUGAAUAAAAAAAUUAAAUCCGAUCAAAAAAAAUUUUUCAAUCUUUUUGGGUCAACUGUUCCAAUUGUAAUUUCUUGCUCUUUUCAUCAAUUUCCUCAUUUUUAUGUUUUUGUAGUGUCCAGAUUAACUUUCCGCGUAUUCUCCGUUUGAUUCCCACCAUACGACAAAGUUAAUUGGUGGCUGGUUACGGAGAAGAGCAGUUCGGGAAUUCGCAGAUGUGUGCGGCGGAGUGGACUCGCACCUGCCAGCCACCGGCUCCGACCCUUUGACUCUUCGCCGCAACCGCCGCUUGCGCAACGCAGUCUCUUUGUGCACAGGUCUUCCGCAGCUGUAA